UUCUCCAAUCAGUUAUGUCAGCACAUUAAUAGAGGGCAAAGAGCAUCCUCAAAUUCCAAGUACGGUUACGUUAACCGGAAUGACAUCGAGCUAUGAUGGAAAAGUGACCAAAGAGGUUAACACAGGAAUGUCAGAACCAAGGGAAGAAACAAAAGCAACACAAGUGGAGGAAAACCAAGCUAAAGUCUCUACAACAACACAAAGAGGAACUGUGACCAAAUCAACACAACUGACAUCAACAGGACAAUCUAUAGGAUUUGGGGAAACCACAUCCACAGCAUCAAAAGCAGAGUAUGUUUCAUAUACAGUGAAUUCAACAUACUCAACAGUGAAUUCAACAUAUUCCAAAGCAUCAUCACAAAGAUCAUCACAAACAACCACUCCAGAGGAAGAAACAAAGUCUCAGACCAGUGCAAUAAUAGGUAACCAAGCCUCUUUGCUAACACCAACUACAGAAAUACGACCUACAAUGACUACAAAUCCAGCUCCAUCAGCAACAAAUGCUUUAUCUCUUGAAUCAACACCAUCGUCAGACACGAGCUCUGCACCUACAUAUUUGGAAACACUUUCCCAAGUCUCACCUAAGCAACUGGAGACAACUGAGAGGCUAAGAACAAAAGAUACACACUCAACAACCAAAUCAGGAGCUCCAACCACAUCAUCAGUGCAUGGACGACAAACCACAGCUGCACAACACACAAAUCAAGGGACACCAACACACAGUGAAUCGGUUUCUACGGCAACAGAAGUCACAACCACAAGGACUAUGGAAACAGUACUGACAUCAACACAAUCACCAUCUAUUCCACCUACAGCCAAUAUUCAUCCAUCUAUAGGCCUUACACUGAUACAAGAGGUUGGAUCUAUAACAACAGCCACCAUGGUAACACCAUCUCCUUCUAUAGACACUGUUAAAGGGACAGCCACAACAACAUCUACAGAAACAAGAGCGCCAACUACUCUAUCUGCAUCAGCACAAACAACACUGAAAAGUACAUUAAAAAUGUCAACUACAGACACAAAAUCAACAACUCCAGGACAAAGUUCAACAUUUGUGACAACACAAUUUUCUACCUUGCCAACACCGACAUCUGCAUCACUCACAGCUUCAACACAAACUAAUCACAGUCUGCCAACAACACAUAGAGGAACUGUGACCAAAUCAACACAACUGACACCAACAGGACAAUCCAGAGGAUCUGGGGAAACCACAUUCACAGCAACAAAAGCGGAGUCUGUUUCAUAUACAGUGAAUUCAACAUACUCCAAAGCAUCAUCACAAAGAUCAUCACAAACAACCACUCCAGAGGAAGAAACAAAGUCUCUGACCAGUGCAAUAAUAGGUAACCAAGCCUCUUUGCUAACACCAACUACAGAAAUACGACCUACAAUGACUACAAAUCCAGCUCCAUCAGCAACAAAUGCUUUAUCUCUUGAAUCAACACCAUUGUCAGACACAAGCUCUGCACCAACAUAUUUGGCAACACGUUCGCAAGCUUCACCUAAGCAACUGGAGACAACUGAGAGGCUAAGAACAAAAGAUACACACUCAACAACCAAAUCAGGAGCUCCAACCACAUCAUCAGUGCAUGGACGACAAACCACAGCUGCACAACACACAAAUCAAGGGACACCAACAAACAGUGAAUCGGUUUCUACGGCAACAGAAGUCACAACAAGAAGGACUAUGGAAACAGUACUGACACCAACACAAUCACCAACUAUUCCAGCUACAGCCAAUAUUCAUCCAUCUAUAGGCCUUACACUGACACAAGAGGUCGGGUCCAUAACAACAGCCACCAUGGUUACACCAUCUGCUUCUAACCAAGCCUCUUUGCUAACACCAACUACAGAAUUACUAACUACAACGACGACAAAUCUAGCUACAUCAUCAACAAAUGCCUUAUCUCUUGAAUCAACACCAUCGUCAGACACAAGCUCUCCACCUACGUAUUUGACAACACUUUCCCAAAUGUUACCUAAGCAACUGGAGACCACUGAGAGGCUAAGAACAAUAGAUACACUCUCAACAACCAAAUCAGGAGCUCCAACCACAUCAUCAGUGUCAUUUACAGGAAGACAAACCACAGCUGCACGACACACAAAUCAAGGGACACCAACACACAGUGAAUCGGUUUCUACAGCAACAGAAGUCACAACCACAAGGACUAUGGAAACAGUACUGAAACCAAAACAAUCACCAUCUAUUCCACCUACAGCCAAUAUUCAUCCAUCUAUAGGCCUUACACUGACACAAGAGGUUGGGUCCAUAACAACAGCCACCAUGGCAACACCAUCUGCUUCUAACCAAGCCUCUUUGCUAACACCAACUACAGAAUUACUAACUACAACGACGACAAAUCUAGCUACAUCAUCAACAAAUGCUUUAUCUCUUGAAUCAACACCAUCGUCAGACACAAGCUCUGCACCAACAUAUUUGGAAACACUUUCCCAAGUGUCACCUAAGCAACUGGAGACCACUGAGAGGCUAAGAACAAUAGAUACACUCUCAACAACCAAAUCAGGAGCUCCAACCACAUCAUCAGUGUCAUUUACAGGAAGACAAACCACAGCUGCACGACACACAAAUCAAGGGACACCAACACACAGUGAAUCGGUUUCUACAGCAACAGAAGUCACAACCACAAGGACUAUGGAAACAGUACUGAAACCAAAACAAUCACCAUCUAUUCCACCUACAGCCAAUAUUCAUCCAUCUAUAGGCCUUACACUGACACAAGAGGUUGGGUCCAUAACAACAGCCACCAUGGCAACACCAUCUGCUUCUAACCAAGCCUCUUUGCUAACACCAACUACAGAAUUACUAACUACAACGACGACAAAUCUAGCUACAUCAUCAACAAAUGCUUUAUCUCUUGAAUCAACACCAUCGUCAGACACAAGCUCUGCACCAACAUAUUUGGAAACACUUUCCCAAGUGUCACCUAAGCAACUGGAGACCACUGAGAGGCUAAGAACAACAGAUACACACCCAACACCCAAAUCAGGAGCUCCAACCACAUCAUCAGUGUCAUUUACAGGACGUCAAACCACAGCUGCACAACACACAAAUCAAGGGACACCAACACACAGUGAAUCGGUUUCUACGGCAACAGAAGUCACAACCACAAGGACUAUGGAAACAGUACUGACACCAACACAAUCACCAUCUAUUCCACCUACAGCCAAUAUUCAUCCAUCUAUAGGCAUUACACUGUCACAAGAGGUUGGGUCCAUAACAACAGCCACCACGGUAAGACCAUCUGCUUCUAUAGACACUGUUAAAGGAACAGCCACAAAAACAUCUACAGAAACAAGAGCGCCAACUACUUUAUCUGCAUCAGCACAAACAACAGAGAGAAGCACAUUACAAAGUUCAACAUUUGUAACAACACAAUUUUCUACCUCGCCAACAAUGACAACUGCAUCACUCACAGCUUCAACACAAACUAAUAACAGUCUGCCAACAACACAAAGAGGAACUGUGACUAAAUCAACACAACUGACAUCAACAGGACAAUCUAAAGGAUCCGGGGAAACCACAUCCAAAGUAACAACAGCAGAGUCUGUUUUAUCUACAGUGAAUUCAACAUACUCUACAGCAAAUUCAACAUAUUCCAAAGCAUCAUCACAAAGAUCAUCACAACCAACCACUCCAGAGGGAGAAACAAAGUCUCUGACCAGUGCAAUAAUAGGUAACCAAGCCUCUUUGCUAACACCAACUACAGAAUUACUAACUACAACAACGACAAAUCCAGCUCCAUCAUCAACAAAUGCCUUAUCUCUUGAAUCAAUACCAUCGUCAGACACACGCUCUGCACCUACAUAUUUGGCAACACGUUCCCAAAUGUUACCUAAACAACUGGAGACAACUGAGAGGCUAAGAACAGAUCCACACUCAACAACCAAAUCAGGAGCUCCAACCACAUCAUCAGUGUCAUUUACAGGACGACAAACCACAGCUGCACAACACACAAAUCAAGGGACACCAACACACAGUGAAUCGGUUUCUACGGCAACAGAAGUCACAACCACAAGGAUUAUGGAAACAGCACUGACACCAACACAAUCACCAUCUAUUCCACCUACAGCCAAUAUUCAUCCAUCUAUAGGCCUUACACUGAUACAAGAGGUUGGAUCUAUAAAAACAGCCACCAUGGUAACACCAUCUCCUUCUAUAGACACUGUUAAAGGGACAGCCACAACAACAUCUACAGAAACAAGAGCGCCAACUACUCUAUCUGCAUCAGCACAAACAACACUGAAAAGUACAUUAAAAAUUUCAACUACAGACACAAAAUCAACAACUCCAGGAGAAAGUUCAACAUUUGUAACAACACAAUUUUCUACCUCGCCAACACCGACAUCUGCAUCACUCACAGCUUCAACACAAACUAAUCACAGUCUGCCAACAACACAUAGAGGAACUGUGACCAAAUCAACACAACUGACACCAACAGGACAAUCCAGAGGAUCUGGGGAAACCACAUUCACAGCAACAAAAGCGGAGUCUGUUUCAUAUACAGUGAUUUCAACAUACUCCAAAGCAUCAUCACAAAGAUCAUCACAAACAACCACUCCAGAGGAAGAAACAAAGUCUCAGACCAGUGCAAUAAUAGCCACUGGAGAAGCUGGGAACCACAGAUCCACACCCAACAGCUAUGAUCUCACCUCCACCACAGAGUUCAGCAUCUUCCAUCACGUCAUCAAGAUCUUUGGCGACACCCACAGAUACGGCUAA